UUUGUUUGUUUGUUUGUUUGUUUGUUUGGUUUUGAUGGAAGAGCGGUCGAGAUCAGGGGAGCAUUCGGGGAUUGUGGUGAAGAGUAGGAGCCAAUCGGGGUGUUUGAUCGCGAGGAAGAAAGGAGAUGUUUCGGGUCGACCCGGGUCUACAGGGAUCCGUAACAUUUACGAGUCUAAAACAGAUAAGAAGAGGUCUAGGAUGAUUAUGAGUGAUUCGGGUUCUAGCGAUGAUUUAGUAAUGCCACCUCGAAGGAGGGUUGAGCCGGAGACGUUUCAGGUUUGUAAUGGUUUAGCUGUUUAUGAAGAGAAUGGAAUUGGUAGGAAGAGGAAUAGGGAGGAGAGGAUAAGGGCAAGUGAGGAAGGUUUCAUUGGUUGGAAUGAUAAGUAUUUGAGUGAGAGUAAGAGGAAUAGGUUAGAUGUGUUCAACGUUAAUCAGUACGGUGGACUUGAUGAGGAUAUGAUUAUGAGAAGAAACAGAUUUGGUUAUGGUGGAGACAAUGUGUGUGGGAGGAGAUUGCUGGGUUCAAUGCCUGCGGUUGCUCAGAUGAGUAUAGAGACGGAAUAUGAGAGUGGUCCAAGCAGGCAUGCUUUUCAUGAGAAGAAGCAGAAGAAAAAAUUGUACUUCGAUAAAAGCGAAGGGAUGAAUUGGGGUGAUCAUGAUGAUAGAAACAGGUUCAGGAAGGAUAGGGAUGGUACACCGAUGCAUUACCCUUUGUUGAGGGAGAGGUAUAUGGCUAGUUCAGAUGAACCCAUCAGGGUUCAGGGCAAAAAUGGUGUU